GCAAAAGCGAUGCCUUCGGCGCCGACCCUCCUGCGCCCGGCCACCUCCGACCAGGACAAGAGGCUGCACAGGCGGCCCAAGGCGCUGCAGGACGUCUCCGUGCUGCAGCAGACGCUGUCGCAGAACGUGCCCGUGGCCAAGCACACGGGCAUCUACAAGCUCCACCUGCAGGCGAAGGCCACCCUGGGCACGAGCUGCGUGAGGGAGGCCGUGAAGCUGCCGCCGCUCGUCGACAGGGCGACGUGGAUCGCUGCGAAGAUGCUGAACAUUUACAAGGAGAUGCAGAGCUCAUGGCCUGCUUGCUCAAGGGGACCGACGUGUGCACCAACAGCUCGUGCCCCAUGAUGUGCGCCGGCCCCUGCGUGCAGUACGCCUGGUCGGACGAGGCGCACCCCAAGCCGGUGAUGCUGUCCGCGCCGGAGUACCUGGAGAGGUUGAUCACGUACGCGUUCGAUAUCAUCUCGGACCCCGAAAUCUUCCCGGUGGACAUGACCCCGUCCUUCCCAGAGGAUGAUUUCGAGCAGCUGUGCUCCAAGUUGUGUAAACGCUUCUUCCGCAUCUACGCCCACGCCUACCUGUCGCACUUCGACGUGAUCCGGGAGAACGGCGCCGAGGCUCACCUGAACUGCUGCUUCAAGCACUUCCUGUUUUUCGUGACGGAGUUUCGACCUGGUGGAGGCACGCGACAUGGUGCCCCUGCAGGACCUGGUGCAGAAGUUCGAGGACGCGACCCCAGGGUCAGCGCCAGCGGCGGGCGCCGAGGCGGCGGGGGCCCAGCAGGUCUCCGCCUCGCAGUGGCUCGACGGCGCGGUCCAGGAGGAGCUGCGGCACGCGGCCGCGGCGGCCGCGGGCGCGGCGGCCUCGGGCUGCGGCCUCGCCUGCGGCCGCCGCGGGAAGGGGGCCGGCGCCUCGGAGCCAGGGCGCCGGCAGCAGGCUAG